CUGCGUAUAUCUCUAUGGUCAGGGCUAUAUUCCUAUUAUUCUGGACAUAUUCCAUGCACCUUACAUUUAUGGUGUAAUGAUGUGAGUAAUAACCUGGUGAUGUUAACAGCAUCCUACAAUAGGACCUUUAUCUUUAGCAUGAUAUGACCCGGCUGCUAGCGGCCACAACGUAUAUGACCUCACCUCUGGAUGUAAUUUCCUCUCAAGAGCUCUUGGAAGGGGAGAGCUUAUGUUGUUGAGCUCAUGUUGUCGGGGCUGGUAACAGCAGCUUGCCAUUGUAUUAAUUAUUGUCAGGGAAUCCAAGGGGUGUAGAUAAUACAGAAUGCACUGGUUGGUCCCAUUUGUUUCACUUGUCAGUGGAGUGAAUAAUUGGGAGUGCUGACCAUAUUAGACACAGAGAAUUUCUAAAACAUACGACUCAAACAGUUUCAACACAAAAGUAUGGCCUGGAAAUUAAAAAGCUUAAUGUCUGAGAAUUUCAAAUCAGUAUGGAAUAAUUUGCUGGGUUCCCAUUGCCAAAGGAAUUUACUGAAGUUUAACUCAACAACAGUUAUUCUGAUGCACAGUGAAACAUACAGUUAAGAAUAAUAUGCUAAAUUAAAGAAACCUUGUUUAUUAUUGAAUUUUACAUUUUAUUUUAGAGAGACUAUACAUCGUACCGCCACAUUAUAUUUCAUAAAACUUUAAAGCAUUUGUUUCCCAGAUGUGUAUCAGAUAUUUUGUACCCCAACUUCGUUCUUUAAAGGCUUGAGAACAUUGAUACAGUUUUAGUAGAAGGGGUUGCUAAUACAAUGGGGCUCAUCUUGCAAUUCUCCCAAGGAAUAACUAUCAGUCCUGCUACAGCAGCUUCAGCGUCCCUAGGUGACCGCGCCACUGAGCCCGUGCUCGCUCCAUCGCACCCCACUCCACGCCUGCUGCCACCCUGAAGGUAGAUGCAUCACGCUGGGGAGAGUGUGCAACAGCAGCCCCCUCUCCCUCCAGCCCGCAAACCUUCUCCACAGCACAGUGGCCUCCUGCGGCCCCUACACAUCUCUGGGUCUCCACUACUGCCCUGGUCCCAACAGCCCAGACUCUCCCUCAGGUAGCUAGACCUCUGGUUGUGAAACAGUGAACUGAUCAGACAAGAUAAUAGCACCUGAAAACACUGCAAGAAAGCACAGCUCCCUCUCACACACUCACACACUUCUUGUUAAUUCAGAAGAACAAAUGAUCAACGUCAACAAAUAACCUGAAAUAGUGACUUUAUGAGUUGGAAUCAAUGGUUAUUUUGAGGCACCACCGACCAUAGACUUUAAAGGAAAGGACAUUUCUUAAAAGGAGAACAAAGGAAAAUUCAAGUGAGAUUAUUGGGAACCUGAAGCUUACUUUCUUUUUUUUGUCAAGAGCUGAAGUCAGGUGGCGUUUACAGUCAGGAAGUCAUGUCCAGAUCGGGUGAUAGAACAUCCACCUUUGACCCAACACACAGUGACACACUGCUGCAUGGCCUCAAUCUCUUAUGGAGAAAACAGCUUUUUUGUGAUGUGACUCUCACUGCCCAGGGACAGCAGUUCCACUGCCACAAAGCUGUGCUGGCAUCCUGCUCCCAGUAUUUCAGAUCUCUCUUCUCUUCCCAUAAUGUAAUCAACAAUGAGGGGAGCAAAGGGGACCAGGGCAGCAGUGGGACCCCCUCAUCCUCUCCCGAUGACAAGCUGGUGACCCCCAGCGCCAGGCCCAUCAAUAACCUAGUACUCCAGGGUUGCUCCUCCAUUGGACUACGAUUAGUGCUGGAGUACCUGUACACUGCCAACGUGACUCUUUCCCUGGACACAGUGGAAGAGGUGCUGUCAGUCAGCAAGAUCCUCAACAUCCCCCAGAUUACCAAGCUCAGCGUGCAGUUCCUCAAUGACCAGAUCUCUGUGCAGAACUACAAGCAGAUCUGCAAGAUUGCCGCACUCCAUGGACUGGAUGAGACCAAGAAGCUGGCCAACAAGUACCUGGUGGAGGAUGUGCUGCUGCUGAACUUUGAGGAGAUGUGUGCCAUGCUAGAUGCUCUGCCACCUCCAGUGGAGUCAGAGCUGGCUCUAUUCCAGAUGUCAGUCCUCUGGCUGGAGCAUGACCGCGAGACUCGCAUGCACUAUGCGCCGGACCUUAUGAAGAGGCUGCGCUUCGCCCUUAUACCUGCUCCUGAGCUGGUGGAGAGGGUGCAGUCUGUUGACUUCAUGAGGAGUGACCCUGUCUGCCAGAAACUACUCCUGGAUGCCAUGAACUACCACCUGAUGCCCUUCAGGCAGCACUGCAGGCAGUCCGUGGCCAGCAGAAUCCGUUCCAAUAAAAGAAUGCUGUUACUGGUGGGUGGUUUGCCUCCUGGACCUGAUCGUCUCCCCAGCAAUUUGGUCCAGUACUAUGACGACGAGAAAAAGACAUGGAAGAUCCUCACAAUAAUGCCUUACAACAGCGCCCAUCACUGUGUGGUGGAGGUGGAGAACUUCCUGCUGCUGCUGGGUGGAGAGGACCAGUGGAACCCCAACGGAAAGCACAGCACUAAUUUUGUCAGCCGCUAUGAUCCCAGAUUCAACAGCUGGAUACAGCUGCCUCCUAUGCAGGAGAGGAGAGCCAGUUUCUUUGCCUGCCGCCUGGAAAAGCACCUGUAUGUGAUUGGUGGUAGGAACGAGAGCGGCUACCUCUCCAGUGUAGAGUCUUACAACCUGGAGACUAACGAGUGGAACUACGUGUCGUCUCUGCCGCAGCCUCUGGCCGCCCAUGCAGGAGCAGUGCACAACGGCAAGAUCUACAUAUCAGGAGGAGUGCACAAUGGAGAGUAUGUGUCCUGGCUCUACUGUUAUGACCCCAUAAUGGACGUGUGGGCUCGGAAACAGGACAUGAACACAAAGCGUGCCAUUCAUGCCCUGGCUGGAAUGAACGACCGCUUAUAUGCUAUUGGUGGAAACCAUUUGAAAGGUUUCUCCCAUCUAGACGUGAUGUUGGUGGAGUGUUACGACCCAAAAGCUGACCAGUGGAACAUCCUGCAGACACCCAUCCUGGAGGGUCGCAGCGGCCCUGGCUGUGCUGUUUUGGAUGACAGCAUCUUCCUCGUGGGAGGCUACAGCUGGAGCAUGGGGGCCUAUAAGUCUUCUACCAUCUGCUACAGCCCAGAGAAAGGAACAUGGACAGAGUUGGAGGGAGAGGUGGCGGAGCCCUUAGCGGGCCCAGCCUGUUCCAACGUCAUAUUGCCCGCCUGCCUUCCCUUUAACAAAUGACAACUAAUCCAACGGACAGGCAGAGAGAGCGAGGAGCAGCAGAGCGAAUGGGGGGAGGACCAUUAAUAAGCAAAAUGGUUGUCAACAAUUUUGUGACAAACCCACCGGUCAGACAACGGUGGUGUGUGUAUAAAUUAUUUUUUUACAGGUUUGACCAGAGCACUUUCGUUAUUCCCUACUGAAGGUUUGAAAAAAAAUUGUGUUACUCCUGUAUUUAAGCUCAUCUGUGUUCUGAGAAAUGGUCAGUUUCAUACUUGAUUUAAUUUAAACUAAUAGUAAGUGUUUUUGGCUUCUCUUCUAUAGCACGCAUAGUGUUGAACUGAAUAAUAGCUUUCAAAUCCAUUGUAUCUUGUAUUCAGUAGAGGCAUAAUUCCAGCAAAAUGCAGCGUUGUUUCGUGGACUGACACUGGGAGGAAAGGUGCUCAGUCCUAAAUUGUCAUGGGUUUGAGUUAAACUAGGGCUGGGUGAGUUACAUUAACUGUGAUGAUCAAAGUGUAUAAAUAUUCAUCACUCAUGAUAUAACAAAUUUUUCUGUGGCUGGAUUGUGCACUUAUCCUGCUGUGUCACCUCGUCAGAUCAUUAUGUAACUGGUUUGUUUUCUAUUUACGUGUCAGAAGCUGUUAUUAUUUAACUGACAGGGUUUGAACAAAAGUACAUGGAAACUAGACCUGCACACAGGUAUAUCGGGGUUCAAACGCUGUUCAAGAAAUACACAAUUGCACAAUGAUCUUUAUGAGAAUGUGUCUAGAUCACCCAGCCCUAAUUUUAAAGUAAUUAUCUUAAUGAUUUACACCCAGACUAAAGUCGUGUUUCUGUAGAACUUGUCGAACAGAGAGUUCCCUACAGGUUAUCUGCUUGACAAAAAAAAAUCUUGCCAAAUGUUUGUGGCAACUAUUCUUCAUGCUGCAAGCAAAACAAUUUACGAUAAACAAAAGGUUUAUCAUUGAUUCUCAAAUAUUCCUAUCACGCACUAAUGUUCACAUUAAUUAUACAGUGAUGGUACAAUCAAAUUGAAAUUGCUAGCCAAUAUAUUUAUGGGUGGCAUGUUUGGGUAAACGGACGGAGAGGACAUUAGUGUGGUUUGUUCUCCUUCACAAGUAACUGCUAACAGCUGGCCUGUUUAUGAGGCCACAUAGCAUUACCUUGACCUUGGAUUUUAAUCUUUGAUGUAUGAAAAACAAACAAGCAUACAGUGGUCCUUUAUGCACUAAUAGUGAACUUUUAAUUCAGCAAACAAAGCUCACUAAAAUGUAAAUUAAUCAAUGUGCUGUGUUUUUAAAAAAAAAAAAAAAAGAUUCAGUCCAGUCUAGUCUACGUUAUUAAGUUACAAAAGUUGACUCUAAAUAUUGAUGCAGUACCUGUUGAAUUCUGUAAAGAUUUGUUGAUUUUAUUCUUGUACAUAAUCGCUUGCAGUGAAACAUUUUUGUGCACUCAACCUUGGAUUUAUUCUCAA